AUGUAUACUACAGUUACCAAAGCCUAUUCCCAACCCACUUCUGAUUCACACAUUGAUAACCCCUUUGACGUCACCUCGUUGCUAGAAGAGUUUAGUGAUAUGACCCCUGAUGACCUACCCGACGAGCUCCUUCCUAUUCGUGAUAUUCAACAUACUAUCGGCUUGGUCCCUAGUUUACAGUUAUCGAAUUGUCCUCACUAUUGGAUGAACCCCACGGAACAGGUCAAGUUGAAUAAACAAAUUGAAGCUUUACUAGCUAAAGGUUUAUUUGUCAUAGCCUUACUUUGUGUGCGGUCCCGAUCCUACUUACUCCAAAAAAUGAUGGAUCUUGGCAUAUGUGUGUCGAUAGCCGCGCUAUUAACAAAAUUACUAUUAAAUAUCGGUUUCCUUUUCUGCGCCUCGAGGACAGUGGAUGAGCUUGCAGGAUCUUUGUGGCUUUCUAAAAUAUAUUUAAGGAGCGGGUAUCAUCUAAUUAGGGUUAGACCACGGGAUGAAUGGAAAAUGACUUUUAAGACUUAA